GCGCCCGAACUACAGUUCCCAGGAGGCCUCGGUCGGCGCGGUCGGAAGCCGCCUAGCGCUCUGAGCUGGGUUGGAGCUGCUGCUUUGGGGUCGCUGUCAUCCCUGCGCUCAUGGCUUCUCCUAGCAAGGCUGUCAUUGUUCCCGGGAACGGAGGCGGGGAUGUGGCCACGCACGGCUGGUAUGGCUGGGUGAGAAAGGGGCUGGAGCAGAUACCUGGUUUCCAGUGUUUGGCUAAAAACAUGCCUGACCCAUUUAUGGCUCGAGAGAGCAUCUGGCUGCCCUUCAUGGAGACGGAGCUCCACUGUGAUGACAAGACCAUCAUCAUAGGCCACAGUUCUGGGGCCAUUGCUGCCAUGAGAUAUGCAGAGACACAUCAAGUCUAUGCUGUUAUAUUAGUGGCUGCCUACACAUCAGACCUGGGGAAUGAAAAUGAGCGGGCAAGUGGAUACUUCAACCGUCCCUGGCAGUGGGAGAAGAUCAAGGCCAACUGCUCUCACAUUGUGCAGUUUGGGUCCACGGAUGAUCCUUUCCUUCCCUGGAAAGAGCAACAAGAAGUUGCUGAUAGGUUGGAAGCCAAACUGUACAAAUUCACUGAUCGUGGCCACUUUCAGAACACUGAGUUUCAUGAACUGAUUAGUGUGGUAAAGUCUAUGCUGAAAGUACCAGAAUAGACAGGAUGAUUUUUGCUCUUUUGCUUCCCAAUAUGUUAAGUACAGCAAUAAUAUCUAUUAUAUACUAGACAGUUACUAGACACAUAAAAGAUCAAGUUCAGUUCCAGAAAUGCCUGAGAAACAAACACAAACAGUUUCAUUGCUCAAACUAAUUUACAAAUAGCACUUCCAUUUUCUACAGAAUCUAAAUCUAAACAGCUAUGAAUUAAAGCAAUGUUUUUCAACUUGAUAAGGGACAUAAGGACAGCUUAACUGCCCUUGUCUAAAGUGGACAAGUAAAAACUAGAACCCGGGUUUCCUGAAACCCAGUCUAGAUUAAAACUAAGUAAGUCUCAUGUUUGUUUUAGGAGUUGCACUCUUUGAAAUAGAACAAACCUUGCUAUUUUAUUGGGGAAAGAAAACACGAGUGAGGGUGCAGAGUGUUGGCUUGGAAGUCAAAACGUUAGCUGCUGUUUCAAGCUGGCCCAAGGUGUCAUCCCCAGACUAGUGCUCACCUUUUGACACUCUGUCCCCUGGGCCUUUGAACACCUUGAGAGAGAAUGAUACACUAGGAUGCUCUGAGUCAGGGAUCUGCACAAGUCAGGCAGAGAAUAUAAGUGAGUACAGUAGUCUGUACCAGUGUAAGACUAUAAGAAAGCACAGAUUAGGAUAAUCUGGAGAGUUUAUGUCCUUUCUAAAGGAGGCAGCCACUACUCAGGUGAUCAGGGGAGUUUUGCUAUGUGUGACUGUGGAAAGGAUUUACCAGUCUUCUGAUUUUUUUGGAGGGAAGAAUCUUCAUAUGGCUGGUUUAAAAUUCAGGGAACAUAUAUGUAUGCUUUAUGUCCAUUUACAUAUGGAUUAUGUUAGUUGGCAACUACAGUGUAAAUAAAAACUUUACAAACACUGCAAGCCAAACAAACCCAAGCCAUCCAUUUAAGACCUUUACUGUAAACAUUAACUUGGCCAGGUGCUUUUAGAUUCCAUAGAAAGCCUGAGAAAAGCCUAAAAUAAACAAAAUGAACGUAAUUUAAAAGGUGGAAAUCAUGGGAACAGUUUGGAUUUUGUUAUGAAGUCUCAAGUAUUUUUAAAAGUAACUUCAUACCUCAAAUUUUGUCCUUAAAAUGUUAUAGCUUUUAAAUUCCAUGGUUUUUAGAUGUCUCUCAAGAAUCAUUCCAUUUUUCCCUGAUCAUUCUCCCUCAAAAAAAAUUUUCUUUUUUUAUCAUUUCCCAACAUUUUUUGGCUGUUGUGAUCCUUAAGUAUUACCUCAAACUAUUCCCAGUGAAUUGAAUUCACACUUGAUGUUGCAGAACCUGAUGUUCUGCAGUAAUGUGAAUUCCCACACUGUGAAGGCCUAAAGGGGAUUCAGAGCCAUUGGUUUAUCCUGAAAAGCCUUUUGGUUUAUCCUGAAAAGGCUGUUGGUUUUUCAGGGUGCUUAGAGAAAAAGUCUGGAAAGAAACUCUGAACUUUUAAUGGCAGUUAUUUUGGGGAAAUGGGAAUUUGGCAUCCCUUUUUUACUAUAAUUAUGUACCUGGGCAUUAUUUGUUACACUGAACAUAGAUUAUUUUUGUAACUAGAAGUAAUGAAGAUUUAAAACAGUGUAUUUGACAAGUUAGUGAAAAGCAAAUUAAAUAAGUCAGUUAGAUAAUAGUACUCUUCAAGAGGCUAUUUAACAUUGAUUUGGACAAGCAUAUAAUCUAAGUUGGAUUCUUUUUUAAUUACUUAUUUGAUUACUUUUAUUUUUUAUUUUUUUAUUUUAAUUACUUUUUAAAUUACUUAUUCUCUGCCUUGUUUUCUGAACUCCUUUUUAAAAAUCUAAAAACUUCUACAAAUGACAGUUCAUAUUUUGUUGUCCUCUUCCCCAUAGAAAAAAACAAAUAUACACAACUGAGAAAUAAUUCUGAUAUUCUUCUUUCCUGUAAAAAGAAUUAAGAUAGACCCGUAUGAUUGUCAAGCUGUGAUGCCCAAUAUGGGCUUUACAAUUAAAAUUCCAGUUCCUAAGUCAUGCUGGCCACAUUUCAAGUGCUUGGCAGCCACGUGUGGCUAGAGGCUGCUAUACUGGACAGCGGUAUGGAAUAUUCCUAUCAUUGUAGAAAGCUUUAUUGGAUAGCACUGGUCUAAGGCAUGUAGUUUAUAUUCUUUCUUCACCUGCCAUCUAGUAUUGAAUAGAUGUUCAAAGUACAAAUUACUCCGUUUGAAAUUAUUUUCAUUUGACUGUUUUGCGUAGUUGAUCACCAUCAAAAUCACAGUUCCACAAAAUGCACUCAUCUCCAAAGUAGAUCAGAAGAAUUUCAUGGAAUGAGCCCGUAUAAACUAUUCACUUAAAACCAUGGAAUCCUGAACUCCCAUGAUUCUCUUUGCUUCUCUGUGGCUCAUUAUUAAACACAGAAGGGCUUCACCAGACUCUAGGGACUAUCCAUUCUCAGGUGAGCAAAAUACCUAAUACUAAAUAGAAAUCACACUGUAAGCAUUAGGAUUUCACUCAACUUUAUUUUUUAGUUUAAAUAAAUUGACCAAUUUCUUUUGGUCACACUUUGCUCCUGUAGGAUAAACACCUAUUCAUCAGAGGUUCUGUAUUCUUAAAUUACUGUUUCUUUUCCCAUCAGUUAAUAUUCAGGAUGAAAAACAUGCUAUGGGGAAAAAAGUUAGAAGGGUCUCUAUUCUGGUGAGGCAAGGAGUACUUUUAUGCUUUAGCCAUUGAUUGUAAACUUUAAAAAUGAAUCUCUGGUUAUCAAGACAUGUUGCAAAGUCUUUAUUUAAAACAUAAACUAGUUCCUUCUCUCUACUUCUAACUCUCCUCCAAGUCCAGUUUUCUUAAUAAAUAAAACUAAUGGCUCUAGGAUGGGCCAGGUCACAUAGAGGAAGGACAGACAUUGUUCUUACCAUUCCAUCUCCCAUGGGGGGUGGAAGAGAAACCUCUCUCUAUAGUUUGAGGCUCCCAGAUUCUUCUGUAUCUUAUAUAAAUCUGACACUUGAAAUGAUCUUUGUUUCAAAGAGCUAGUGUCAUCAAACACUAAUUCUAAAGAGCUGGUCACAGAAUUCAUUUGGUUCCUAAAAAUUGGUUACCGAGCUGAGUUUGUUUUAACUGAUCCCAUUGAUCUCAAAACAGCCUUUAUGAUGUUGUCCACUAAGGGUGUCUCCAAACUGGUGUUAGAACCCAGGACUUAGUAGCUGAGAAUGAAUCCUUUUCUGUUGGUUCCAGGCUUUUGGCCUGGACACAGAAACCUUUAAGUGGAGUUACAAAUGACAGUACAGCUGAAAUCAUAAACAGCCUUACAACUAAUUUCUGUGCAACAUCAAAUAAUUUAGCAUUUUCUAUAUGGCUGAAGACUGGAAUUGAAAGUGCUACUACAACUAAGGACAAUUAUGAUGACUUUCUAAAUUUACAUUCAACUUAAACAUAUUAGACAAUGAAGUUUUUAGAACAGAAUGAGGGAAGGAAACAUUAAUUGAAAAUUCACAUGACAAGAAAAGAAUGGUAUCCUCCAAAACAGAGUGUGAGUGAAGGGUAACAGAUUACUUUUAGUUUUAAUUUUAGUUAAAUGAUUAAAUAUUAAAUAAUUUAGGGGGAAAAUUCCAGCAAGCAAUGUAACUGAACCACAGAGUGAAACUUAGGACAUUUUAUAGAGGAUGGAACAGUGGAAGUAAUCCCUUUAGAAUGAGAAUGAUAAUAUUUAUAUGCUGAAAGCAUUGUAUCCUUGGUAGUAGUCAUCAUUUGUGUUUGAAGUCAGGUGGUAUAAUCCUCUGAAAGAAUAUUUUUGACAUAAAAAGGAAUUAAUCAUUGAUUAAGUUUCUAUACUGCCCUUGUAUUUCCUGCUUCCACCACUUUUACUUUCUUCUCCAUGUAAUCACUGUAUAAACAGAUGGCAGAAAUGAUGGCAGCAGACCAGAUGUAAAAUAUAGCCAAUGAAGACAUUAUAAAUAACUUUAAAAUGGGCAUUUUUAAAUUCUAGCCAUUAUCAUACUUCUUGGUAAAUACGGGUUUUGGGCUUCUUUUUUCUUGAACCAUCUCACAAAGUCUUGAAAAUUUCAAAAGAUGCAGUUCUCCAUGGCUUCAAAAUAUUUUAUUUUUUGAAGAAUGAAGAGAUUCCAUUAUUAACCUUAUCUGUUUCAUAUUCUGUUGGUAAUUCUACCAAUAUAAAUUUAGUCUUCAUAAAUAAAAACAUCUUUUCAUAGCA